CAUUGCGAGCCUCGGCCCAUAGACAUCGACGCCCCUCGAAGAAACCAUCGCGAUGAAACUUGCACGCUCCGUGCCCGUAAUAGCAGCGGCAUCGCUAGGCACAGCAGGAAUGCUCAAGCGACAAGUCGAUGACACGACAGCACAGCCCAGUCUUACAGCAACUGCAUCAGAGAAGCCAGCCUUCACCACACCCAUACCAGCAGGCUCAACAACCGGUUCCCAUGUCCAGACCACAGCAACAUACGCUCAAGCCUCAGAUUAUAGAUACGGCGAGGGGAGCUCAGGGAACACUGUUGACACGGAUGCUGGAGCUUCCGGAUCGCAAUCCGGCGGCUUCACGUUGAGCAGAGGGGGGCUGAUUGCCAUCUGCAUCAUCGUGGCAAUUGUCGCGCUAUUUGGCAUCGUGACUCUGAGCCUCUUCAUCGUCGCCAAACGCCGGCAAUGGACGAUGAGACAGACGCUCAAACGUGCCUCGCGACGCUUGACCGGGCGUGGCGCCCAACGCGCGACAGCGACAGCCACAGAUAGACAGUCGAGAAGAGGUGGAAUGCAGAUGACUGCUCAACCCUCCAGACAAGGACAUAAGCGAGGUCUGGUGAUUGGGGUGAACGAGGUAGAAAAGGCAGGCGAGACCAAGCCUCGUCGAGCCGGCGGCACAUGGGUGGACCGGCUGUGGAGGAACGACUGGAACGUGGAAACGGCGAGGAGCACACGCUGAGGGCCCGAGGGGAUUACAGUACUGCAGAGGAGGGCAAUCUUCAAAUAGCAUAAUGCAAUUCCAGCGCUCUGG